AUGAUCCCGAUCAUUUUGGCACUGCUGGGCGUGGGCCUGUACCUGCGCCAUGUGAACACCAUCAUGAAGGCCGUGCCUCCAGAAGCAACAGCUGCCUCGCCGCACCGCUGGACCAUCGAACAAAUCAAAGCCGGCUACAAAAAGGCCCUCGAAAACCCCGUCGAGGUCGACCAAAGUCUCCCGCCCAAACAAGCCCGGCGCUACGUCGUCGUGGGUGGAUCCGGUCUCGUCGGCGGCUGGAUCGUCUCGCAUCUUCUCGCGCGUGGUGAAGACCCAUCCGCUAUCCGCGUGCUCGAUCUCCUCGCGCCAACACAGCAAGUCCUCCAGCAAGGCGUGGGCUAUGUGAAGACCAACAUCAGCGACGACCUGGCUGUCACCACGGCAUUUGAGUCGCCAUGGCCUGAGAGCAUCGCCCGUCUCCCCUUGACGGUUUUCCACACUGCUGCUAUCAUCCGUCCGCAGGAUCGACUGGAGAUAUUUCUUCCGCUGUGCAGCAACGUAAACAUCGAGGGUACACGCAACGUGCUCAACGCCGCGAGGAAGGUCGGCGCUUCCUGCUUUGUCUCGACCUCGUCUGGCUCCGUCUCGCUCCACAAGCUAGGCUUCUGGGUCGCGCCGUGGAAGAAGCUGCCUCAGCGCGCGUUCCAGGUGCUCAGCGACGAGGCGAAGGUGCCGCAGGAGCAUAACAUGUUCUUUGGCAAUUAUGCCGUGACGAAGGUGGAAGCGGAGAAAAUGGUUCGUGAGGCGGAUGACCCGUCAUCUAAUUUCCGGACUGGUUGUAUUCGACCUGCGAAUGGCAUUUAUGGUAUUGGCAGUGAUGCCAGUAUGACCCUGACUGGCGUCUACCUGCGGAAUCAGGGCAGUCCCACCUGGACCCGCCCCGUAAUUCAAAGCUUCGUCAACGCCGAAAACGUCUCAAUCGCCCACCUUCUCUACGAGCAACGUCUGCUCGAACAAAGCCAGCCAACCUCCAACCUCCCAAACACAGGCGGCCAAUCCUUCGUCGUGACAGAUCCAAACCCAGCCGUCUCCUUCAGCGACAUUUACACGCUCCUCGAAACACUCUCCAAAACACCCGUCUCCUUCCCCUCCAUCCCGCCCGUCCCCUUCUUCGUCUUCUCCUACCUGGUCGAGUUCUACUCCGUCAUCCAGUACAAAUACCUCCAAUUCCUCCCAAAGUUGACCGGCGACCUGAGCCAGGUGCAGCCUGCGCUCUUUUCCAUCUCCGACGUCUUCUGCAUUGCCGAUGAUAGUCGGGCGCGGAAGGCACCUGAGCUUGGUGGGUUGGGAUACAACCCGCCUCUUAGUACGUUGGAGGGCAUGUGUAAGCAGCUUGUGGAUUGGAAUCGGAAGGCGGAGUUGAAAGAGGUUGAUGUUGAUGUUGCGAAGAUUGGGCCUGUGGCUGUUUCGGAGAAGGGGGUUGAUGUUAAUCUUGUUUCGCCGAAGAUUUGA